AUGACCGUCAUCAACGAUGAGCUCGUCGAAACCAUCUACGGGGAACUCGUUCGUCUCCACGUAUCUACUGGCAACAGCCAGAGCUGGCGUCAGUUCGCUGUUGACCUCUCUUUAAUUGCCCUCUCGGUCCGGACGGGGUAUUUGGUAGAUACGUUCGCUACCAGGACUGUCUUUAAAAAAUUGGUGAUUGCUCUUCGCGAGAAAAGUCCACUAUUUAAGGAUGUUGUCCAUCUCUACGAACCUACUGCGGAUCAGUCAUUUUUCAUCAACAUCCCCCGCUUUCAAUCUCGGGCUCCGGAAUUCCGUGAUACUAUCUACGUGUCUGUCUCGGGCCACCUAAUGUCCCCCCCAGAGAAUGUUUUGAACACUCUUCGAAGUAUCGAGAUCCACGCCACCGAUAUCUCCUGUACCCUUCCUUCUGACCUUCCUGUGGAUAUAACAGUCCCCCUCGCGGCGGUUCUCUUGGAGUACCCCAUCGCUUAUGUCCCACAUGGCGUAAUACCGCCAGAACGCCAGAGUCUCGAUGUUUACGAGUGCCUUCUUCCAGGAAGAGUGACAAUUGUCAAGUUUUCCUGUCCUUCUUCCUUGGUGAGCCGCGAAACAAUCAUCAGGAGCCUGCAUUCGCGGUUCGGUAUAGAUGCUGAGGUGAAGUGCACGUCCGAGACAGUGGAUAGGCUGGUUCUAUAA